AUUACAGUAGUAGUCUCCGUGCGAACUGAACCAGUACGUACUUGAAAGCCACCCGGUUCUGGCCUCAACAUGAUUCCCAAGGCGGCUGUGGUAUUUGUGAUGCUGUUGUCAUAUGAUGUUCUAUUUUGCAGGUAGGUUUUUUUUGUGUUUUGUUUAGCAUUAUAGAAAGAUUUGACCCAAGAGAAGAAGGGCCAGUUUCUUUGAUUGAAAAGCGCCUUUGGGUUAAUUACUCUAUUCAGAAUUAACUCUUUGUAAUAACUCAGUUACGAACGGAAAACUCAACAUAGAGAGAAAAUACCCUUUUUCUGUGGAUUACAGAAAACCCUGUUGUCUAGCAAAUGUUCAGCUUGAAAAAAUUUCUGCUUUCAAUCAUAACCGGCAACUAGCACUUUGUCCCUGGCUGUAAAUGACUGUGCGUUUCAUAUUAGUUUCUAAUUUUCCAUUAAAAAAUAGUAAAAUGUGAAAAAUAAAGAAAUUUUAGUUUUGUUGUAACAAAACCUGUGGCCUUCGGGAUCCAAUUCUGUAUUACAUAGAGUCAACGUUUUAUAAAAGUAAUUUGAACUUAUAGAAAUUCCUCACGAAAACACCUGUCAUGCACAAGCGGCUAAAAUUAAUUAUUAUCCUAAAACUGAAGGAUUGGAACUGCAGAAUAAACUGGACAAUCGUGACUAUAAAAUAAAUUGAGUGGGAAGAUGAGCGAAAGCGUCACUCUGCUUAAUUAAGUUUUGCUAUCACUUCGAGGGGUUUUGGGGUCGAACGCUUGAUACCGCAUAAAAAUUAAACGUCUUUUUGGGUUCCUCGCAUAUAAGCUCUUUAUCAUCAGCCUUUUAUCUGCCAUUUCUUUUCCCAGCCACCUUAUUAAAUUGCACUCUGAAAGUUAUUAAAAAGACGCGUGUAGUUUCUGGACUUUUGUUAACCGCAAAAGUUGGAUUUUUCACAUGACGGGAAAGUAGCGCUGGCCCGGUUGGUCCUUGUUUCAACAGUAUUUUUCUCUCUGUAUUCCAGGGCAUCGGGACGAUCUGGAUUUGACCUCAACGAAACAUCAUACCAUGAUUUCAAGGAUUAUGCAGGUUUACUCGAAGACAAAGUGCCGAUAAAAUCGAUCAGUGACGCAGAUAGUGAGUGGACAAUAUCACUGGAAGGUUCAUCCAGUAACCUUUCAUUGGAAUAUCUAAGCAAUUCGUUAAACCUAACUGAACAAGACUUAGAUUUAAGGUAGGGUGAGGAAAGACUUUGAUUCUGCUGAUUAAACUACUCCGAUGACCUUGCAAAAAGGCGAAUGUUACAGGAAGCAAAUGUAGGAAGUCAAAUGAUCCUCGUGGUUUUCGAUAGCUUCAUUCGAUAACUGCUGUGAUUUCGACUUUUGCUGGAUUAGGCCUUUUAAAUCCACCUAAAGACUAUAGAACGCCCAAGAAAAAACAACUUCCUAAAGCUGUAGGCGUCAAGCAUUUGCUGAGAGGGAGAUUUUUUAAUGCGGCUGGGCGUUUCGUGCGCAGUCAAUCAAAUUUAAGUAGAAUUUUAAAGACGCGGCCAUGAGUCAGCAAACGAUUGAUUGUCAAUAGAAAUUAACGUUUUUAAUUAAUUGCUUUUAGUCUUUUCAUCUAAUGAAAACGCAUAAACGACAAGGAAAGCAUUGAGUAGAAAUGCUUGGUUCUCAGGCACUUUUAAUACCUGCAAUCGUUGGGUCUUUUUUCCUUUUCACACCCCGUUGCCUCACGCUUUAUCCGCAACACUGAAAAACUUAAAUGACGGGAAAGGUUUAAAACCACGCGUUGGGCCCGUUAUUAAAACAGUGUUUAACGGAACCGCCUUCUAACCCAUUUCAAUUCUGGCCGACCCUCACAUCUUGGCAUUGUUUGAUGUGAAAAGCCACAAGAAGUCUUACAAUCCUGACUUUAAUGCUGCUGUAUUCAUCUGCCUAAAACAAAUACAGACCUUACGAAAAAAUCAGCUAAGAGGCUCAACAAGUGUCUAAAACCCACAAAGCUCUCCUUUAGUUUCCCCCUUACAGCUGCUAAUACAUGCAUUCUACGUACCUGAUGCAUUCUAUCAGCAGAGUAAUGUCCCUUCGUGGAUUGGCGCAACAUUUGUACCACGGGAAAAACGUUUAAGACUUCAAGACGCGAGAUUAUAGCUUAAUAACACAGUGAUUUACAUUAAACGUUUUUUUCUUAGCUACGAGACAAUAUGGUAUUUGGACGGCGAAGAACGACGCUCAAUAACAAUAAAACGAGCAGUAGAGCAAACAACCCGAGAGGAGAAUCUGGAUAACAAGGACACUCAACGUGUUGCAAUAAAAAUCAACAGGUACUGUAGUUUCAAUGCCUAUGAUGAUUCAUACAAAACGUUUAAAACUGAAGUGAACGUGACCUUCAUUCUACCGCGAAGUUCAUGUUUACUUUCACGUCUUUGCCCACAGUUUAAAAUAUGAUUCAUUGCAUAUAUUUCAAAUCAAAAAAAGGAAAAGGUUUUUUAAUCAAGUCCCACGGACGGCCGCGAAACAAGAGUGUUUUGUAAGCCAAAAAGGGAUUGACGGUCAAAUUGGCGAAAAUAGGAUCAGGCUGCAUUUUGUUUAACGUUCAGCGAGAAAAAUUGUGGCCUGACUUUCAUUAGUGUAUCUCCGCUUGUAUGUGAAAGUUAAGUCCAAUUUGACUGUAUAAAUAUCGAUAUUUCAGUCCCCGGCGCAUCCGUCCUCAGUUUCGUCACGAAACGUUUCUCUCCACGUUAAGAAUCAACUAACCGAGCGAGAUGUUCUAAGCACACUCAUCAUUUCUCUAUUUCAGAGAACAACCUCGCGUGAAAUCCAAGCGAUGGAUCUUUGGUAACGACGAUCGGAAACAACUUCUGCCUAAUUCUUUUGAAGCCCAGAAAAUCCCUCACUCAGCCGCAUGCAAAGUGGCUUGUAAAGGCUUCUGUUGGUCAUGCUCGGGUAUUCUAAUUGGUUCUCGUCACGUGCUCACCAGCGCUCACUGCGUGGACGGUGAAACCGCUGGCGCGUUGCGUGUUGGUUUCUUAGAGCGUAACGGCCGACUUCAUUGGUACAAUGUAAUGAAGGCUUAUGUUCCAUUAAGAUGGACAGCCUCAAAACCUCUGUCGAGCGAUUAUGCUGUACUGAAGUUGAGAAGGCCACCAACAAGGCGAACUUAUGUUAAAAUUGCAUCACUGGCUUUGCGGAAAGGCUCAGUGAUUUCUUUUACAGGUAAAUACAUAAGUAUGAACUAAUUAUAAACUAUAAUUUUUGAUUGGCCGGAAAGCAAUUUCCUUCCGUAUCAUCGCGUUCGUCAGAACGUAUCCUAAUCUGGUGGUCCUGUGAUACAAAGGCAGAAAUUUUCGAGCUAUCACCAACGACUGCAAAUUAGCCCCCCUGUUAGUUUUAUCAGGGGCAUCUCGCCCGGAAACUGCACUCCUUUCGACUCGAUUUCGUUUCCAUAAGUGAUGAACACGGAUCCGUAAUCAAUGAUUGCCUCUAGUUAGUAUCAGUAAGGUGUCCAUGAGGCGAGGGGUGACCGUAAAAAACGUUUUUACUGCCUUAUAGAGCCCUAUCGUUGUUAAACGGUUGAUUAUUUCCUAAAAAAGUUAGUUGUAUGCAGUAUGUACCUAUCAACAGAAUUUGUUGAAUGGGCCAAGCCUGUUUAUCAUUUUAUGGUUAAGUAUUUAUUUGACUUAUUUUUUCUUCUCAAGGAUUUCCUGGGGAUAAAGUUCGUAAUAGUCUCUGGACCACAAAAUGCUCCGUGUUUCUGGUACAAGGUGGCGUCAUAUAUAACAAGUGUGACGCCACUCGUGGAAGUUCGGGAUCGGGAGUGUUCGUAACAGACAGUAGUGGUACGAAAGUCGUCGGCGUGCUGUCGGGAGAAACAAAACGCAGUCGCCUGAAUGUUGCUGUUCAUUUUACGCGGUCUAAAGUAAACCAGAUUAAUGGGUGGACACGUAAAUAAAGUUGUCAAAACUAGCGAUUAAAUAUGAAAAGCUGUUAAAAAUAAAACGAG